UAAAUGUCCUUCCAUAUUUCUGACCGCAUGAUUUUAAAAUGGCGACUCACAGGUGGUAUCACCAAUCUAAAGACUAUGCAAAGGAAAAAGAAAAAAGACAGCUUUCUUUUGAAGCUACAAGUAACCAUCCCUUAAAAGCCAUAACGGUCACUGAAAUAAAAUGUAGCGACAAAAGAGGGACGCCUUCCCGAUCAAACUCUAUAGCAACAGGUCAGAAGGGCCUUUCUGAACCCCUUAGUCUUAUUUUGGACCCACUUAAUGCUGAGUUUGAUGGCCGUGAUCCUUUAUCAAUGUUUGCUGCUGAAGCUGAGGCAGAAAAUAAGAAUCAGAAACCAUCAAGUUUGAAGGAAAGAAGUAUUUCAAUUCGUUCUGGAACUGAAGAUGAUAACUUUGAGCCAUGGUGUCUGAAAAAAGCUGGGAUUCUUUCAAAGUACACCACAUCUGAAAAGCUGUCAAUCACCACCAGUUUUCUGUCAACAUCUGACAAAGAAAAAGUUAUUAUUAAAACUCAAAGCACUGUUACAGAUAAAGUAAAGAACAGACUGGAACAGUUGGACGAUUUUGAAGAGGGUUCUGUGCAAGAAAUGUUGGAUUUGAGUCAACAAGAAUAUGUGAAGAGAAUCGAUGAACUCAAUAUGGCCCUUAUUAAUGCUUGGGACCAAGACCAACGAGUGAAAUCCCUCAAAAUAGCCAUACAGUGUUCCAAGUUGUUAUCGGAUACAUCGGUUAUUCAGUUCUACCCAAGCAAAUUUGUCUUGGUUACAGAUAUUCUCGACACAUUUGGAAAACUAGUCUAUGAUCGUCUGAAAGAAAAAGCUAUGGUGACUUCUCCCGGAACCCAACCAGUUACAUUGUCUGAAAACUUUUCACCUUCUGAAGUACCUGAUGCUGCCAAAGAAAUAUGCUACAACUGGUUUUACAAGAUUGCAUCCAUACGGGAACUUAUUCCUCGGUUUUAUGUUGAAGUGGCCAUUCUUAAGUGUUACAACUACCUGGACACAAAAGAACAUGGCAAUUCUUUGAAGAGGCUGGCAUCUAUGAUAAGAGGAAUUGGUGAUCCGUUAGUUGCAGCAUAUGCUCGCUGUUAUUUAUGUCGGGUGGGAGCCACAGUAGCUUUCGGGUACCGUGAACACUUACUGCCGUGCUUUGAUGAUUUUCUCUUUACCUACCAUCAGACUCAAGAGGACGGUGUACAGAAUGUACUGGCCAGGCAGAAACUGGAGACACCAAAAUAUUUAACUCUAUAUUCUCCUGCUUUGGACUGGUUACUGCAGUGUUUGGCUCAUGAGGCGACAUCUGAGACUUUGGAACAAAUUCUAAAAAAGACAAGUGAUCAUUGCAAUAGUGCUCUGUUGCUGAAUUCCAUAAUUUCUGCAUUCCAACCCAGCUACAUAGCGAACAGAGCAUCCCAGUUUGUGGAAAUGAUUAAGAACUGUGAAGAGUCUGGCUUUCCAAAGCACAUGUUAUACCGUACCCUUGGAGCCUGCCUCAUUCUGGCUGAUCCACCUGCCAACCAACGUUUAUCAAUACUUAACGAUGUGUGGAAAAGUAUAAUGAAAUUGAAACACCCUAGGGACUACAUUAGCUGUGCUGAAGUUUGGAUAGAGUAUGUUGCAAAACAUUUUGGGAAACGUGAAAUCAAUACAGUGUUAAGUGAUAUCAGCAAACACAUGUCCCCAGAUCGGGCGUAUGAAGACUAUUAUCCUCAACUUCAGUCAGUCGUCUCUAAAGUUUUGAUUCACUUUCAUAACUUUUCUGUACUUUUUGGACUGGAUAAAUUUUUGCCAUUUCUCGACAUGUUCCAGCGUGAGUCAGUGAAGGUAGAAGCAUGCAAAUCUAUAAUGGAAGCUUUUAUUAAGUACCAAACAGAACCCACUGAUGACCCUGUUAUUAUCAACACCAUGAUGUUUCUUUGUAAAGUAGCCCAUGACUCUGUCAAUGCUUUGACUCUUGAAGAUGAGAAGAGGUUAAUUAGUAAUUUGAUAAUUGGUUUCCUGCGGAAGGUCACAUUUGGCCAAGAUUUUGAGCAGCAACUCAGCUUUUUCGUUGAGGCCCGUGCCACUUUCAGCAACCUGGACCCAGUCCUUGUGGCUCUCAUUCAUUCUGUGAACCAGCUUGCUAUGUCCACACACAAGAUUGUCAAAGGGAAACACACAAAAAAGACUGCUGCUUUUGUGAAGGCUUGUGCUGCAUAUUGCUUCAUCACAAUUCCAUCACUAAGGUUCACAUAUAGUCAGUUGAGCCUGUACUUAGUUUCUGGACAAGUGGCACUCUUAAACCAAUGUCUUGGUCAAGCUGAUGAAUUCUUCAAGGCUAUCGUACUGUUGAUCCCAGAAAUUCCUCGGAGUUUAAAGAUCGACAAUGUGGUCCGGCAGACUGAACCAUUAUUGGUUGAAUUCCUGAGUAACUUCAUCUCGACUCUUCUCGUGGUACCAGACAAUCCUGAUGCUGGCGUGAUGUAUGUCUUAAAGGGAUUGCUAAAUGUGUUAAAAGGUUACAACACAGAUGCGAACACAGACGGGAAAAUAGUGCUUUACAUCCGAGUGUUGUGCAUGCUAUCAGGUUCCUGUCAGGAAGAUUACCUGUAUCAUGUUAGCAAAGUUGAUUCCAAUGAUAAACUAUAUGGUUCAGAUCCAAUAUUCAUUGAAGAAGUUAGAACCAUAUGUGACUCGUUAAUCACCGAAAUUCUUGGACACUUAAAAACACUGGCAUCACAAGAGGCAUUUAAAAGACAAAGCUAUCUUGCUCUGGAGCUCUUCAACACUAUUGUUACCCAUGGACAACUGACAGAAGCCAAUAUGCUUACUUUAGCUGUUAAUCUCUGGGGAUUAUCACAGAAGCAUGGUUGCAUGGAUAAGAAACAAAUUACUCAAGCCCAGCAUUAUGUACAAUUAAAAGCCAAAAACAACAUGGCCAAUAAGGGUUUCACCAGUUUAGCUAGUAAAAUGUCAUCGGAGUUCCAAUCGUGAUACUAAUUUGAAGCUGAAGCACCUGCUUAGAUCUCUCACUGAAUCUGAUGCUGGGAGUAUGUAGAAUCGUCAAAAAUAAAAUCAAAAGUUCAUUUGUUAUCUACUUAACGAUUUUUGAUAACGCCUUACGACUAUAAUUAAAUAAACCCUGUCUCACUUUGCA